CUCUAUAUCGCAAAACGACGCGCUUGACUAGAAAAAGCUUCUUCCUAACGGCAGGACCUUCUCCGCCACUCUAGAACCUUCAUCGUCCAAAACCCUACUAUUCAUUCUUAAAUUGAAAGUUGAAAUCUACCCCUUCUUUUUUCCCAUGUUGUGGUGGUUCUCGUAGUUUCAUCGAAUUUCCACCCUCACUCAGGCAAGCAGUGCGUAACUGCCCGGAACUCGUCUCACAUCGUCGGACCAUUGCAUUUCCCCCUGCGGUAAGAUGUCGAACGAUUUGGCUCUUGAUUUGGAGGAGCUUAGGCAGCUGCAGGCCAUAGCCAAGCGGCCUCGCGUCCUUUCCCUCAUCUCUUCCGAGAUUCGCAACAUGGAGCAGAUGUUGAAGGGCCCUGCUUUUGUCCCUACACCAGCUCCCAUUGCUACUGGAGUCAAGCCCUCUGCUUCUCCUGCAUUGACGUAUUCUACUCUUGGAUCGUUCAGCUGGGAUCAGGACGCUGAGAAAGUGAAGAUUUAUGUGUCACUAGAGGGUGUCGAGCAAGAGAAAGUUGAGGCAGAGUUCAAGGAGAUGUCCUGCGAUGUCAAGUUCCAUGAUGUUCAGGGCAAGAACUACAGGUGCGCCAUCCCGAAACUGAACAAGGAAAUAGUGCCGGAUAAAUGUAAGGUGGUGGUUAAGCCUACGAGGGUGAUCAUCACUUUGUUCAAGGCUUCAAAGGGUAAUUGGUUGGACUUGCAGUUCAAGGAAGACAAGCUCAAGCCUAAUCUGGAGAAGGAGCGGGAUCCAAUGGCUGGGAUUAUGGGCUUGAUGAAGAAUAUGUAUGAGGAAGGGGACGAAGACCUGAAGCGAACUAUUGCCAAAGCAUGGACUGAUGCAAGAUCUGGCAAAGCGACUAUAUGAGGAAGGCUUUUUGUAAUCCCAUUUUGGCUUGGACGACAUUGUCUAGGGAAGUUGGGUUCUAGGUUCUUUUGGUUAUAUAUCAGCUACUGCAUGGUUGUAAGGAUGUCAUUGUUGGUCCAAAAAUGGGAAUGCAUCAAGAUGUGUUUGCACUCUGUUGAUCAUUUCUGGAAUGUAAAUUGCCUUUUCGGCCGGUCUCUGUUCUCAAUUCUAAUGUCGUGACAUGGUUCAUCUUUUAUCUCCAAUCUAAUCCAUUUUCUGCUUUCGUUCAAUUUCUGGUUUACACACUGGCCAGGUCUUUAAUAUUGAAAUGAUCAAGUCUUUCUUUGUUGUAGCCACACAACUCGUGGAAAAGCUUUGGCCAAGAUUGGCAACACAAUCCAUGCGCCUUGUUGUCUCCGUAUUUCCCUUAUGACUGGUCAUUUCCUAACUUUCAUUUACAGUAGUUCUCUUCACCAUGAAUACCUUUAAGUUGCUUAUCUCCACGUCCAUUUACAUAGCAGAAUCACAUUCUUUGCUUCUAUGUCCACUACCCCAAGCCACCACACUCCACAGUUCUUUGGUGUCUUGCACUUAUCUCAUCCCACUAGAUGAAGGUUUUGUUUCUCAUGAGUUCCUGACCAAAUAUUGGUGCUUAAGGUACAUUUUAGACUACCUCUAUACUUGCCCCUUACCCUAACUGGUAUAUUGGCCUGUGGAACCACACACAAUAGUUUCAUGUUACCGUUUUUAUCAAGGUUGUCAACCCGCGGGCGGACCCGCACCCGCCCGUCUACCCGCGAGGCGAGAAAAACGGGCCGCACGUACUUGUCGGGUCGACCGCUUCAAAAUACCGGAUUGGAUGUCAAAUUGUGUCAUUUUUUUCUUUGGUUUGCGAAAUGCACCUAUUUUUCAGUUUUUUUUGUCCGCCUAACUCAAUCUUUGGAAUCCUAAGUUGAACAUUUGAAUAUUGAUGUUAUAUAAGUGUGUGAAUUUUCACUAUAUGUUGGAUCUAAGUACGACAUGUUAUUUUGGUGUAAUAUUAUAUGUUAUAACGCAUAUGUUAGAUGAGAUUUGAUAUAAUUUAUAAGGAUAAGUACAAUAUAAUUAUUCUUUUCAU